AUGGAGGAAAAUCGAGGUUCUGAGCUUAGCGAAGAAAGGCAUGGGAGAAGACUUGGACGCAGCAAAGAAAAACAUGGAAAGCACGAUAAGCGACAUGAGAAAAUCGAUGAGAACCGACUGGAGAAGGGCGAUGAAAAGCGGUCUGAGAAAAGUGAUAAAAAGCGAACUGAAAAAGCCAGUGAAAUGCAAUCGGAGAAGAAUGAUAAAAAGAAAAUUAGGGAGAAACGAUCGGAGAAGAGCAGUGAAAAACGGUCUGAGAAUUGCGACGAAAAACGUUCUAGUAAGAGCGAUAAGAAACAUCCGGAGAAAAACGAUGAGAAACGGUCCCAUAGGAGCGAAAAGCGGCCUCACCACGACAGAAAUAAUAAAGCAGAAAAAGAGGUUUUGAAGGAGAAGCACAGCACUGCGGAAAUGGUCGGUGAAAGUAAACGUCGUCGGCAUCAUUAA